AUGAAGACGUCCAUGGCCUCUACCGCUGCGGUGGUCGUCUCUCUCUUUGCCGCCUCUGCUGCGGCGCAUGGCAACAUCACGUCCCCUCCAGCGCGCCUCACCGGACCGGGCAUGGUUGCGGCGUGCGGCCAGACGGCUGUCGAUGCUGUCCUGAAAGACGGCACCAUUCCACUUGAGGAUGUCCUCUCGCCAGCUGCAGGAUACAACACGGACCGCCUCCAGACGUUCCAGCCGGGCCAGCUCGUCAACAUGACGGCACAAAUCCCCAUCUCGCACGAAGGACCCAUGAACGUGUCGAUUGUGUCAACGGCCAACAACAGCAUCCUGGCGACGGGUGCCAACCUGAUUGUGUUUGACAGCUACGCCGACGAGAGCCUGCCCGCUCUGCCGGCCAACAACACGGCCUUUAGCGUCACGAUUCCGGCCGACAUUGCCGAAGACGCCUGCCUUGUGGCGGGCGAUUGUGUGCUGCAGUGGUUCUGGUUCGGCACGAAUGCGAAGCAGACAUAUGAGAGCUGUGUCGACUUUGUCAUUGCAUCUGUUGACCAGGUCUUGUAG